AUGCCGACUGGUACAAUUCUUCUAUACUCUGGAAGUGUAUCGACCCUAACGAACCAGAAUAAUCUAUGGCUAUUUUGUAAUGGUUCGGAAGUAUCACGAACUACUUACCAUGAAUUAUUUGCUGUCAUUGGUACUACGUACGGAGCUGGUAAUGGUAUUGACACUUUUAACUUACCUGAUUUUCGAGCCCGAUUCCCAUUGGGUAGUCAGGGAACAAAUGACACUUCGCUAAUUAGCGGUGGUAAUUCAUUGCAUACGAUUACAAUAGCAGAAUUGCCUGCACAUGAUCAUGAUCAAGGUUCACUACAAAUACAAAGCAACGGUGGUCACACACAUUCAUAUAGUGAUCCGGGACACAAUCAUGGCGGAGUUACUGGCACGGGACCUUUCGGUACUGGUAGCUUGGCAAUGGUAAGCUCCAGUGGAUUUGGCGCAGACUCUGGAACUCAUACGCAUUCAAUUUCUGCUGGCACGAUAGGCAUUACUAUAGAAUCAAAUGGAAAUCAUACCCACUCAAUCAGUGGAUCAACAGGUUCACAAGGACAAGGCCAACCCAUUAAUAUGAUGCCACCCUAUCAAAUUGUUCAUUAUAUAAUCCGAAUAUGA